UCAGGAAAAUCAGCUGGAAGAAACAGCACCUGCCUCACCAAGAUGAAAAGAGAGAACCAUCUACCAAAAAUUGGUCUCUGAUCUCCAUAGAGAGAUUUUUCUCGUCAGGGUUGAGGCCAAGGUUGGGGUCACGAUGUUUGUUGGGAUUUUAGUCUGGGUGUGGGUGCGCCCCUAGUCAGGUUUUAUUGUGUCCAGUCUGGGUCUCUGAAGAUCACUUUCAAAUGAAAUACUUUGGCUUGGUUUGGCUUUGUGAGACAGGGUCGUGCCGAGUAGCCCAGGGUAGCUUUGAAUUUGCUGUGUACCUUGGAUUCGCCAAGUCACCUGAGCUGAUUUUUAAACUUUUGACCUGCACGCUGGAAUUUGGCAUGUUUCACCACACCUAUCUUGCCCUUCUAAUCUCCCUCUUAAUAACCAGGCUAUGAUAGAAAGUGGUGGUUCAGACCCUCCCACAGAACACUUAGAGGGAGCGGCCUCUGUGCCCACAAGGUCAAAUCUUAAGAGGAAGAAUCAAAAGAAAAACUUGAGAUUUCAGAUGUGGAAUGGCUCUGGCAAUAGCAGAUUCCGGCCCAGCCCACCCAUCCUCAAACCAAAUCAGAUGUCAUGGCACCCCCAGUACCGCAGCUCCAAGUUCCGACACGUCUACGGCAAGCCUGCCAGCAAAGAGAACUGCUACGACUCAGUGCCCAUCACGCGCAGUGUCCAUGACAACCACUUCUGUGCCGUGAACCCCCAUUUCAUCGCUGUGGUCACUGAAUGCGCCGGCGGGGGGGCCUUCCUCGUCAUCCCCUUGCACCAGACAGGAAAGUUGGACCCUCACUACCCCAAGGUCUGCGGGCACAGAGGGAAUGUCUUGGACAUCAAGUGGAAUCCUUUCAAUGACUUUGAGAUCGCCUCCUGUUCUGAAGAUGCCACGAUUAAGAUCUGGAACAUCCCCAAGCAGCUGUUGGCAAGGAACCUCACGACCUACAGGAAGGAGCUGGUGGGUCACGCACGCAGGGUGGGGCUGGUGGAGUGGCACCCCACAGCUGCCAACAUCCUCUUCAGCGCUGGCUAUGACUACAAGGUGAUGGUGUGGAACCUGGACACAAAGGAGUCUGUAGUUGCAAGCCCCGUGAAGACAAUCGCCUGUCACCAAGAUGUGAUCCUCUCCAUGUCCUUCAACACCAACGGCAGCCUGCUGGCCACCACCUGUAAGGACCGCAAGAUUCGCGUUGUCGACCCCCGACUAGGGACUGUCCUCCAGGAAGCCAGCUACAAGGGGCACCGGGCCAACAAAGUAUUGUUCCUGGGGAACCUCAAGAAGCUGCUAUCCACGGGUACAUCCCGAUGGAACAACAGGCAGAUGGCCCUGUGGGACCAGGACAACCUUUCUGUGCCCCUCACAGAGGAGGACCUGGAUGGCUCCUCGGGCGUGCUGUUUCCCUUCUACGACUCGGACACCAGCAUGCUGUACAUAGUGGGGAAGGGAGAUGGGAACAUACGAUACUAUGAGGUGAGCGUUGAGAAGCCUUACCUGAGCUACCUGACUGAGUUCCGCUCCUACAACCCACAGAAGGGGAUCGGUAUCAUGCCAAAGAGAGGUCUCGAUGUGUCUUCCUGUGAGAUCUUCCGCUUCUAUAAGCUAAUCACAACCAAAAGCCUCAUCGAGCCCGUGUCCAUGAUUGUACCCCGGAGGUCAGAAUCCUACCAAGAGGACAUCUACCCGCCCACGACCGCAGCUCAGCCCUCCCUGACAGCCCACGAGUGGCUCAGCGGAAUAAACAGAGAGCCCAUCAUGAUGUCCCUUCGACCUGGCUCCGAGCCGCUGGAGCCCCAGCCACUGCCUCCAGAGAAGAAACCUUUCUCCAAUUCUAUGGUCCAAGUUUCACCUGGGCUCUUGGAACCCAUGGCACAGCUGGCCACCAAUGAUGACCGGACACCCCGCUCUUUGCUGGGAGAGAAGACACCAAAGUGGGCCACAGAGCAGCGGCUGGAGGAGAAGUCCUGGCUCAGCAAUGGCACUGAUAUUUUUGAAUGCCCCCCACCAAAGACAGAAAAUGAGCUGCUGCACAUGUUCUACCGGCAACAGGAGGAGAUCCGGAGGCUCCGGGAGCUGUUGAUGCAGAGGGAGGUCCAGACCAAGCAGCUGGAACUGGAGAUCAAGAACCUGCGGAUGGGCUUAGGACAGUUCUGAGCAGAGGUCCCCGCCAUCCUUGCCCUCAGGGACACCAAGAGGCUCUGUGGGGAGGUCCAGAACCGAACCAUAGGUCCCCAAGAACAACCACUAUUUCUAUAUUUUAUACCAGAAAACUCUUGGUCACUGAAAGAGAUCCCAGUGGGACAUGGUGCCACUUUCCCGUUGCCUUCUCACCGCUGUGGUUUCUGCCCCGGCUGGUUUCGAUUGCACCCUGCCUUCUGCUGAAUUCCGGUUUUAAGGGUCAGGGAGGACCUAUGACCUCCCAGAGGUAGAAAGAUCGGGAAGGACUGGGUAGGUCAACCUGCCUGUGGUCAUAGAGUAGGGAGCGGUUUUGGUCGGUGGACUCAUUCUUAACAGAUAGCCUCCAUCUUCAUCAGCCCACUUUGGAAUAUAUGCUUUGACUGCUAAAUUAUCUCUUAGAAGCUUGAAAACCACUGAUCUGACUUACUUAACUAAGGCCCAGAGAGAGACGCGUAAGAUCUGUUUCCUGGCAGGGCUAGACUGAGGUCCUGUCCUGGGUCUGUCUGACAGUGUUGUUCUCAGUCCCCAUAGUAGGAUCCAUUGGUUUCUGACCUCAGCUAUGUCCGGACUUCCCUGGUGACCUUUACUAAGUACUGCUCUCUCUGGUCUCGGUUUCUCCGUCUGAACAAGGGGAAAGUUCCAGUGAGCUAUCACCCCCUCUGUGACUUGCCACCACAUACUUGAUUUUGAUCGCGCCUGUGGGUUGGUGACCUGUGCUUAAUGAAGAAACUCAGGCUGGUGCGGGGACUCAGUCUGAAAGGAAUGAGUGAAGAUUGGGCCCAAUUCUAAACUACAGACAGGUAGCCAAACCCAUCCUUCCAACCAGAACCAGUCAGGUGAGAGUAGAUAGUCCCAUAGCUGGGGACACCAACCAUAUCUGUUGACUCCAGAGCCUGCAGCCUCCAGGAGGGCAGACGCAGGCUUCCACCCAGAUUAUCAAAAGGCCUCUGUGAGGUUGGGGAUGUGGAGGGAGGGCGGCACUGGAAGUGGCCAAGCCCUGUGGCCACCCACCAGGAAGGGCUCUGGUUGGCCUGUACCAGGUAAGAAAGUGGGACCAGAUAGUAUCUGGUCUGCAGGCCUGCCCGCCCCCCCUCCUUGUGUGUCCUGGGCCCUAUUCUGAGGCUCUUUCUCUCUUGGUGGUCAGUACAGCAGCCCAGCUGUUGCCUGAGAAGAAUCUAAGACAGAGCUUACUCCCCAAGCUUACCAGACACCCACUCCCCUCUGGACAGGCAGGCAAUGUUUUCCCCAUCACACGGGUCACCCUGGAGCUCAAGUGGGGAUUGCAGGAGCCCCACAGGCUAACAGACUUUGACCACGCUAACGAUUAGCAUCCCUCUGGAUGGACAUAGUGAUGACCAGACCCACCCCCGCCGCAGCUGACUCCUCAGUGGGAAGUGUGGCCCUCUGGACAAGCUGCCCAGGUGACUUCAGUACAGUGAGGACGGAGAGGCUUUGGGCGGGUCUCCUGAACCUGAGCUGGCAAUCAAAGUAGGACAAUCUCAAGACUCCCUCCCAUGAUGCCUUGCCCCUCACAGUCCCGUGUUUCUUGGUUUGUUCUCCAUCCAUCCAUCACUAGACCAGGACUCUAUUCCCGACGACGACAAUCUAGCUAUGCUUGCCGUGUUUGUGCUCCCGAGAAAAAAGCUAAGUCCCAGGCAUUUGACAGGAACUGGAGCUGCUGGAUCGGGGCUCUCUAUCCUUUCAUUUGUGACUAGUUUGUCAAGCUCCCUACCCCAUGUUCAGAAGGCAGGACAGCCUCAGAGUGAAGACACCAGUCCAAAGCCACUGCCUCCUGUAUGUGGCUGAGGGUGGGGUCUCCAGAGCUCCCCAUCGUGGUAUCUCUGCACAACACCAUCCAUCUCACCCCAAGAGAAACUCACCCCACUGUAAGGGACCCAGACUCAGACCUCACAUUCAAGAACAGGUCACUGGUGGCUAUGAACAAAUUUAUUUGUUGUUUUUUUUUUACACCUAGAAUAAAUUAUUUAAAUUAUUUCAUAGCAGGGGAGAGGGAUAGUUAAUUUUUAUCAGAUAUUUUUUUAAAGUCAUCUUUUUUUUUUUAAGAUUAUGUUUUUGUGUUCUUGAGUUGAUGGAGCCGCCGUGCCCACAAAGGCGGUGCCCACCCAGGGGCAAAGCAGCCCUGGCCUCCCUGUCUCACGCCUUGGGAGCUCCCUUUCUGUUGACUCAGGAACUUUGUGUGGUGUGGAUGAGGAGAGCGCUUGGAGAUGAGCCGUCGGCUGGUACCCACCUUAGCUCUAGAAUAAUUCUGUUUCCUGGAACAAAACUUGAGGGUCUGCCCUAGAGGGAAACAGGAAGUGAGAAAGGAGCUAUGCUUGUUGUUGAAGCCGUGCCUGAAGCUGUUUGAAUGAUUGUUUUAAUGUUUCUUAAAUUCCUUGUACCUUUGUAAAAAAAUAAUAAUAAUAAAGAAAUAAAAGUAAAAAAAUCGAUGCAGAAAUUGUGCAAUGGAAGAAUAUAACAAUCAACACUGGGUGAUAAUUGCUCCCCUGUAAUCCCAGCGUUUGGAAGGCUGAGGCAGAAGGAUUGAAUUUCAGUCCAACCUGGACAGAGUGUGAGUCCCUGCCUCAACCAAAAUAAUAAAACACCAAGCUCGA